GUGACUGCCUCAUGGUGCAUGUUUACCAUUAGUCUGUACAUUCUGUGAUGUAUGAUGCUCAUAAUAGAACGAUUGUGCUUGUCCCAUUCAGUUACAGGCCUCUCCUACAACUAGAAACUUGGCACAGUGUAUCACACUACCUGAUGAAGUUGGAGAAAUUGCUAUGGCCAUUCAAGCACCGGUACAGGAGUACCCCACACAAUAAUCACCAGUUAUCCUGUGGCCUCUCCCCUCCUGCCUGCAGGCUGGUGUAUAAAGUCUGAGCUUGCUGCUAAAAUGUGUAGUACACUGUUACUAAUUCUGCUAAG